ACGGUUUUUGCGCUUCCGUUUCCAUCAGCUGCUCCAUAAUGCAGUCAUACAUUUUGCCGCCGGUUUUGCUAAUCUUGACAGCCAACGUGGCUGCUGCCCAAAACACCGGGUGCGGGUCAUCUUUGAGCAGCGUUAGUCAAACAUGUCAGAACAGCGGCUCGGUGUGCCACAGUCUCCAGGCACAGUGCUGGCAAGCGGCUUCAUGCGAAUUCUUAGCCAGCAUCGCCACAGCGAAUGAUGCGGUGACUGUUGACCUUCUUGCUGCGGCCAAUGGCAAUCAGCUGCAAUUAAAUCUAACGGGCAACCGGUGGAUCGGUGUGGGAUUCUCCAUGAGUGGAGGCAUGGCUAAUUCAGCGGUGGUGCAUUGCUUUCAUGACGCCAACGACACCGUGCAAGCCAAACUGACAUACAACAUUCCCAACGCUCAUUUUAAUAUUGGAUGGCAGAAUGUCGAUCAAGCCCCGCUAAAUGUCCAAUCGGCUUCCUACGUGAACAACGAACUCCACUGCGUCGUCAAGCUGCAGAAAAAAUUCACUAUCCAAAGUCAAGCGUUUGACCUUAACCAGCCGGUGACUUUAAUUGCCGCCACCGGCCCUUUACGAAACAAUACUAUUGCCAUGCAUGAUCGGGAUCCAGCCAUAUCGAAACAGAAAGCCAGUUUCUAAUAACUGCAUCCGGAAGCAGUUCCACUCGACAGCCAGUUAAUUAAAGCACAAGACCACCCGCCUGCGGCUUUUGGCGUGGACAGUGUCUGCUAGCUAUUUGCUCUGGUUUUUUUUUGCGGUUGCUGUCUGCAUUACAGAUCUACCGACUCCGUUUUCGCUCAGCUUAUAAUGGUUUGACUGUAUCUUGACUGUGUAAAGACGAGCGCAUACGGAAAAGCUCUUGUGUAAAAUAAU